AUGUUUGCUGUAAACGAAACAACUCCACUGAUGCUUAUAUACGAUGAUAGCGAGCCAAGCAGUUCUACGCCUUUCUAUGAAGCAAUGAACCCGAAGGUCACCCCCAACGACAUCCAAAACAGUGUGAAAGAGGACAACGGCAACAGGAAAUACCGUGUCCAUGAAAUGGUGUACAUGAUCUGCAACAAUGCUAAGACAAUGAGCAAUUACAAUAAGACUAUAGUGACAGAAUUUAUCAUCAUUGGUUUUAAGAACCUUCAUCAGGUCAGAACAUUACUGUUUAUUUUCCUGCUUCUUACCUACAUUGCGAUUUUCAUUGGGAAUUUCUUUAUUGUUACUUUGGUGCCAUUUUUUACCCACCUCCAUACUCCCAUGUACUUCUUUCUGGGUAACCUUUCCUUAUCAGAUAUUUUGAUAACAACAAAUCUCAUACCCAACAUGCUACACAUAAUCUGGACAGAAGAAGGUUCCAUGCCAAUCACUGACUGCAUAGUGCAAUUCUACAUUUUUGGUUCUCUCACAGCUACAGAGUGUUUAUUACUAACGGUGAUGUCUUAUGAUCGCUACUUGGCCAUAUGCAGCCCAUUACGUUAUUCUUCGAUCAUGACCAUUCCUCAUUGUCGUUAUCUUAUAGUUUUUUCUUGGCUACUUGGAUUUACUCCCACUCUACCAGUUGCUAUUUGUCUAUCAAAGUUGCUGUUCUGUAACCUUAACUCUAUUGAUCAUUUCUUUUGUGACCUUGCCCCAUUCCUGGAACUUGCAUGCUCAGACAUCACAUUAGUAAAAUUUGUAUCCUUUAUUUUGUCUUUUCUUGUUACAGUCUUCCCAUUUUUUAUUAUUCUAACAUCUUAUGCUUUUAUAAUAUACACAAUUGUCAGGAUGCAGUCGGAGAAAGGACGACAGAAAGCCUUUUCCACAUGUAGCUCUCAUCUUACUGUGGUUUUCAUGUACUAUGGAACUUUAUUCAUUCUGUAUGGGGUUCCUUCACAAAAGCAUUCGCUAGAAAUCAACAAACUACUUUCACUCUUGUACACUAUUGUCACACCUUUACUUAAUCCUGUUAUAUAUUCGCUAAAAAAUAAAGAUUUUGCUGAAGCUGCUGAAAAAAUGUUUAAAAAAACGUUUAAAAAAUAA